GCGGCAACCUAGAGCUGUGUCAGACAAGCCUAGCAACCCGGCAGCCAUGGCGUCUUACUUUGAUGAGCACGACUGCGAACCGUUGAACCCUGAUCGCGAGGCCCGCAACAAUAUGUUGCUGGAGCUCGCGAGGAGAGUGCGCGGGGCUUGGAGCUGGGCCCCGGGCAGCAGAUCACUCUUUAAUAGGAUGGACUUUGAGGACUUGGGACUGGUAGACUGGGAACACCACCUGCCUCCACCAGCUGCCAAGGCCGUGGUAGAGAGCCUCCCCAGAACAGUCAUCGGUAGCGCCAAGGCUGAGCUCAAGUGCCCUGUGUGCCUUUUGGAAUUUGAGGAGGAGGAGACUGUCAUUGAGAUGCCCUGCCAUCACCUCUUCCAUUCCAACUGCAUUCUGCCCUGGCUAAGUAAGACAAAUUCCUGCCCCCUGUGCCGCCAUGAGCUGCCCACUGAUGAUGAUAGUUAUGAAGAGCACAAGAAAGACAAGGCUCGGCGGCAGCAGCAGCAGCACCGCCUGGAGAACCUCCAUGGAGCCAUGUACACGUGAGGCAGCAUUAGGGCUGUGAGCUUGGCCUCUGUGACAUCUAUGCCCUUUUGCACUUUGAGUCUUCAUUAAAGGUUUCUUUACCCACUCUGCAGAUGCACUGCUCACACGCCCGAGCAGGGGCUCUGCAUCCUCAACCCUGCUGCUAAUGAGAAAGAUGGCAAAGGUGUCAAAUGGUAGAAGGUGCCAGGCUGCAUUUCCCUUUCUGCUGGCUCUAGACUCUGGGUGGUGGGGCCUUGGUAGCAGCCAGGGCUUGGGUCUGAGUGUUCUUGGUUAGAAAUCAGACUGUGUCAGGGCCUGGCACUUUGUAGCUUUUUAAAACUGAUAAACUAACUUGCACCACCCCCUUCCGGAAGAAUCUAGUUAACCUUGGAACCUUUAGUUAACAUUUGGAAUCCUGGGGGUGUUCUUUAGUUCCACAGAGAAAACUUUUACAUUGUAAAAGUUGCUCUCUGUAUCCUGUCCCUGUAGGCCCCGGGUAUCAAGGAAUCAAAGUUCAAGCCAGACUGGGCAGGGGAAAGAAAUGAGACUACAAAGCCAAUCCAGGUCUUUAGCUUGUUUAGACUCAUAAAGGGAGCCAAGGUUUUAAGAGUGGGUUUCUAUGUGGCCCUGGCUGGCUGAGCCUGGUAUACACAGAACUUAGGAGAUCCUCUACCUCCUAGCUCCCCACUGCUGGGAUUACUGGUAUGUACCACCAUGCCCAGACCCUUCUGAUGUAUUUAGAUGGCAUCUGUCACUCUUAGUUACUGGCAACCCUCAAGAAUCUUUCUGGGAUGAAAGGGCUUCUCAUCCCUACCUACUGGAUCAGACCCUCCCUGAUUCUCCAGAACAGACUGCAAACAUGCAAAUUAGAAUUCUUUUAAUAGAUAUAAAAAAGUACUAAAAUA